AUGUCACAAAAUAGUAGUGUAGUUAAUGUCGUUAUUAAAGACUCUAAUGGAAAACGUCAAAUCGUAAAGGUAGUGCCAAGUUCUAACAUUCCACUUGCUCAGUUAAAACUCAAAAAUACCCCUGUGAAAGUUUUUAAAGCCCCACAAAUACAAGAGAGUAUACAGAGUCAAGUAGCACAGGUUAUUUCAACUGAUCCACAAUUAUUAUCUUCAAAAAAUACAUUGCCCCUGAAAGAAGUUAACAUAAAGUUAGAGCCAACAGAAGAAACUGUUACUGAUUGGAAAGAUUCAAUAAUCUUUGAGCCCACUGAAUUUAAUCAAAAUCUGGCAAGUAAAAGGGUAAAAAGGCUCACUGUCAACAUGUCUCAUGCAUCACGUAGGAGGCACGACUCCGAUAACGAUCCUCCUGCUGAAUACACAACAAAAAGGCGCAAGCAUGCUGACAAAGUCGGAAAGGGUUUGAGGCAUUUUUCAAUGAAAGUUUGUGAAAAAGUUAGGAAUAAGGGAUUUACUUCAUACAACGAAGUGGCAGAUGAGCUGGUUCUUGAAUUUGCUACGGGAAUACAUGGGUCCUCAGAUAGCCAACAAUAUGACCAAAAGAAUAUUCGGCGGCGUGUUUAUGACGCCUUAAACGUAUUAAUGGCCAUGAACAUAAUAUCAAAAGACAAAAAAGAAAUUAGGUGGUUAGGUCUACCCACUAAUUCACUGCAGGAAUGUACCACCCUUGAAAAAGAGAAACAAGCCAAAUUGGAACAAAUUAGCAAGAAAACACAGCAGUUACAAGAAAUGAUUUUACAGCAUAUAUCAUUCAAAUCUUUAAUAGAAAGGAAUAAGGAAGCAGAAAAUAAAGGUGUUAUACCAUCUCCUUCAUCAGCUAUACAUCUGCCUUUUAUUGUUGUAAAUACAAGUGAUAAGGCACUUAUUGACUGUAGUAUCUCUAAUGAUAAGACAGAAUAUUUGUUUAAAUUUAACAAAAGGUUCCAGAUUCACGAUGAUAUAGAUAUAUUGAAAAGAAUGGAUUUAUUAUUUGGUUUAGAUAAAGGUGAAUGCUCAGAAGAAAAUCUCGAUAAAGCAAAAAGUAUGGUACCAAAGUCAUUAGAAUGUUAUGUUGAACAAAUGGCUCGUGGUCUCAGCAAUAACCUGAGUGAUGUACUUGAUGAUGAGUAUUUAGAAGAGGGAGUUGAAGAUGAGACAUUAGGAGAAGGUGAUGAUGAUGAACAGGAAACAGAAGCCAAUGAAUAUAGUGAAGAUAGCAGUGAUGUUGACGUUUAA